AUGACAUUAAAAGAAAAUUUAUUAUCGAGCAACAGCGUUGUUAAUUUUAAAAUACCUGAAUUACCGUGUGAAUUUUUAGAAAUAAAUGAAAUAAAUGAUAGUAAAGAAGAAAUUGAAGAAAUUAAUCAAGUUUAUCCUCUAGCAAAUAGUGAAGUAACUGUAGAAAACAUUCUUAACUUUCAGCAAUUGAGCUCUGGGAAUGAUGUCAAAGAAGUUUAUUCAUUAGAAAUAAUAUAUAAACCUGGUGACACAAUUGGAAUAAUAGUAAAAAACAAACAAAAUGAUAUUGAUAGAUUAUUUAAACAUAUUGGAAUAAUUGAAAAAGGGACAAAAAAAAUUAAAGUAUCAGCAAAAUGUGAAUUAAAAUCAGUACAACAGUUUCCAUAUUUAAAUAAAAUUUCAACAUUAAAUUAUAUAUUUAUGCACAUGAUUGAUAUUUACAGUAUACCGAAGAAGUUAUUGAUUAGGGUACUAGUAGAAUACACUAAAAAUAUACAUGAAAAAGAAUAUUUAUUAAAAUUAUGUAGUAAAGAAGGAUGUGAUUUAUAUGAGAAAACAUUUUUAGAACAAAAUGUUACCUUUUUAAGUUUAAUAUUACAACUUGAAAGUUGUCGUCCUCCUGUCGAACGAUUAUUAGAACAUUUACCCAAGUUACUACCGAGGCCUUAUUCGAUUGCUUCAUCUCCCCUGAAUUCUUGUAAUAAAAUUGAAAUUAUUUUUUCUCUCGUCGAAUUUUCUAAUGAUCAAAAAGAAGGUUUAUGUACAGGAAUGUUAAAAAAUAAAAUUAAUAAUUAUAAUAAAGAAGAGAAAAAAAAAAAUGUGAAAUUAUAUUUUCGUAAAUCAAAUGGAUUUAAUUUGCCAGAUACUGAAGUACCUCUAAUAUUAAUUGCAACAGGGACAGGAAUCGCUCCAUUUCUUGGAUUUCUGGAACAUAGAAGACUAGAGAAUAAAAAAGGGAAAAUUUUUUUAUUUUACGGAUGUAGAAACGAAUCUCAUUUUAUAUGUCAAGACAAAAUUAAUAAAUUUUUAGAUAUCGGAAUAUUAAGUAAAUUAUUUGUUGCAUAUUCGAGAGAUGAUAGCACUGAUGCAAAAUAUGUUCAGGAUAAUUUGAAAAAAAAUGGAGAAGAAGUGAAUAAUUUAAUUAUGAAUGAACAAGCUAAAGUAUAUGUGUGUGGGGAUGCAAAAAAUAUGGUUAAAGACGUACAAAAUUGUUUUAUUGAUAUUUUUGAAGAGCAUCAAGGAAUGAAUCAUAAGCAAGCUUUGACGUAUUUAAAAGAAUUACAAAAGAAUAAAAAUUAUUUACAAGAUGUCUGGUUAUGA